AUGUCCGAUCCCAACCCCCAAGAGAUCAACUGCCCCUUCUGCUCCCAACAAGCCCUCCUUCCCAUAACCCUCAGCGCGAGGCCGCAUUUCAAAACCUGCUCCACCUCCCUGCGCAACGACCUCCGGGAUCAGCUCGUGGCCGACAGAGAGCACGAUACUCUGCGUCCGUACCGCCACACCACGAGCAAAAUGAAGAAGAACGGCUGGGUUCUGAACAACGACCAUGAGAACGCCGCGAUGGUGCGCAUCGCGAGGAUGUGGCGGGCGAACGAGCUAUUGGGGAGGAUGGACUACAUCGCUCAACUCGACGAGGUGGUUUGUUUCGAAGAUGGAACUGGGACGCAGCGUGUCGUCGGGUUGAUGAAGUCGGUCCUGAGUUCUUCUUCGAGGGAGGACUGCGUUCAGAGUGCCGUGGCGGUGGAAGAUGCCCUGCUUCUCCUCGCGGGGGCUUAUAACUGCUACACUGACCCGUCUGACGACGCGCCCGGCCUGCCGAAGCGGGUGUUCCGGGACGACGAACGAGAGCAUCUCCGUCGUGAACUUCGCAGUGUGGCGAGUAUUUUCGAAAUCGCGGCUCGCUUCAACGAGCUCUUCGAGUCGCGCGAUGCGCAUCCGUGGACGAUCUCGCGGGAGAUGUUGGACUUGCAGGUUGGGGCUGUGCAUCUGCAGCGCCCGGGGCCUGAGUGGGAUGAGGAGCAGGAGGGGGUGUUGUUAAGGUUGUUGGGGGAGGGAUGGCCGAUCGUGGAGGUUGCAAGGAGGUUGAAUGCUGAGGUUGCUAUGUUGGGGAAAUUUGUCGAGGCGAGGACGACGGGGAACGUGAUGACGAAGGUGGAUGAGGUGUUGGUUGGAUCCGGAAGAGGCACAGACCGUAUGUAUAAGUUCAGGCCGCAAAAUCAACCAUUCCACAAAACACCGCCCUCACCUCAACUCGCCUUCUCCCGAUCCCGCGUCUCACGAAUCGGCUGCUGCAACAGCGCCGUCGUCCCUGUAAAGACAAAAACCAACGUAAACCCCCAAUUAACAAAAUACAGCACCAGCAGCGCCAAAAGGAAAAGCGUCGAGAGCACCUUGAACGCCGUUGAUUCCAUCGCUGUGGCCAGCGAGAUCCACGCCGUGUUGAUCGUGGCGACGGGGAAGACCGUGGCCCACCAGAGCAGGGAGUAG